ACUCCGCAACUUCGGCCACGGCGGCCGGGCGCUCUCGGCCCCGGCGCGCGUCGCUGCGGGGCUGCGGUGCGGCCAGCCCGGCCGGGCUCGGCUCGCCACCCUGCGCCUCCCCCGUGCCCGUCGGGGACCGCUGGCGCCUCCCGCGGGGAGUCCUCGCCCACGCGUCACCCGCAGCGUCUGGGGGACCCUGGGACGUGCGGGGUCGCGAGGCCGAGCCGGGCGCCCCCCAGUGGCCAGCGCCGGACCCCAUGGCUGGGCCGCGCGGAGCCGAGCGGGCAAGGUGAAUCCAGCCCUGGGGCCGGCUGCCGGAGCGCUUGGCGGGGGCGCCGGCUCCAUGGGCAGCGGCGCUCGGCACGAUGAUGGACGUUAACAGCAGCGGCCGCCCCGACCUCUACGGCCAUCUCCGCUCUCUCAUCCUGCCGGAGGUGGGGCGCAGGCUGCAGGACCUGAGCCCCGACGGUGGCGCCCACUCGGUGGUGAGCUCCUGGAUGCCGCACCUGCUGAGCGGCUUCCCAGAGGUGACAGCUAGCCCGGCGCCCACCUGGGACGCGCCCCCGGACAAUGUCUCCGGCUGCGGGGAGCAGAUCAACUAUGGCAGAGUCGAGAAAGUUGUGAUCGGCUCCAUCCUGACGCUCAUCACGCUGCUGACGAUCGCGGGCAACUGCCUGGUGGUGAUCUCGGUGUGCUUUGUCAAGAAGCUCCGCCAGCCCUCCAACUACCUGAUUGUGUCCCUGGCGCUGGCUGACCUCUCGGUGGCCGUGGCGGUCAUGCCUUUCGUUAGUGUCACGGACCUCAUCGGGGGCAAGUGGAUCUUCGGCCACUUCUUCUGCAACGUCUUCAUCGCCAUGGACGUCAUGUGCUGCACGGCCUCGAUCAUGACCCUGUGCGUGAUCAGCAUCGACAGGGAGUCCAUUGCUGGGCACCGAAGAAUUGGAUCUCUAAGGAAAUAUUGAACAGUCCUAGUACCUUGGGAUCACCAGGCCCCUCACGUACCCCGUGAGGCAGAAUGGGAAAUGUAUGGCCAAAAUGAUUCUGUCGGUCUGGCUUCUCUCUGCCUCCAUCACCUUACCUCCUCUCUUCGGAUGGGCUCAGAAUGUGAACGAUGACAAAGUGUGCUUGAUCAGCCAGGAUUUUGGCUACACGAUCUACUCCACCGCAGUGGCGUUUUAUAUCCCCAUGUCGGUCAUGCUGUUCAUGUACUAUCAGAUUUACAAGGCCGCCAGGAAGAGCGCAGCCAAACACAAGUUCUCAGGCUUCCCACGCGUGCAGCCGGAGAGCGUCAUCUCCCUGAAUGGCGUGGUGAAACUCCAGAAGGAGGUGGAAGAGUGUGCGAACCUUUCGAGACUGCUCAAACACGAAAGGAAAAACAUUUCCAUCUUCAAGAGGGAACAGAAAGCAGCCACUACCUUGGGGAUCAUCGUGGGAGCCUUCACGGUGUGCUGGCUGCCGUUUUUCCUCUUGUCCACAGCAAGGCCCUUUAUCUGUGGCACCUCCUGUAGCUGCAUCCCGCUGUGGGUGGAGAGGACAUGUCUGUGGCUGGGCUAUGCAAACUCUCUCAUUAACCCUUUUAUAUAUGCCUUCUUCAACCGGGACCUGAGGACCACCUAUCGUAGCCUACUCCAGUGCCAGUACCGGAAUAUCAACCGGAAGCUCUCUGCUGCAGGCAUGCACGAAGCCCUGAAACUUGCUGAGAGGCCUGAGAGAAGCGAGUUUGUGCUCAUGACUGGAGCCUCAGGAGUCCAGAAGGCACUGGAGAAUUUACCUUGGGGUAACGGAGUGAAUACAGGGAUAAAAGCUGUGAAUUCUGUUGCACUGACAAAACUGUGACCACUGUGGGAAAAAAGGUCAUGAUACAUGAUCCAGAGCGGAACCCUGGAGAAGAAGUAAUGCAGAACAGGGGGAAACAACGAAACCAUUGGCUGAGACUGCACAACAGAACUUGGCUUCUGUCUUCUUGGCAUGGCUGAAAUGUGACAAGGGGUGAUCUGUUGUACAAAGUGUAUCUUGAGGGAGAUGGCAACCUCUCUCUGUUUUUUUCUGUGGAUCAGUGAUAUUGUGUUUAAAUGAAAAAAAAUGCUCAGUGUCAGACAGCCAGUCAUCUCUGCGGUAAGCACACUACAGCGCUGGGUUCUGGGAGGGGAGGGAAGCAGUUUCUGGUGCUUUCCACAAAUCCACAUCCAUGAGAGUGGGGGGAAAUCCUAACGCACAAUUCCCAUGCUUCCCGUCUAGGCUUUGUGGUAACUCUUCAGGAACCAUUCAUGAGACAGAGUUCAUUUUGUGGUCUAUCAGAAGGGUGUCUUUCCAAGCAAACUGCAGUAAGCAUCGUGUUGAAUGUGUUGCAUGUCCAUGUUAGAAAACAGAAACCAGUCAUCAGCGAACACAAGCGAUUCCCCGGAGCAGUGUUCAUUCAAAGCUUCUGUUAAAUACUGUGGCUUUUCUGCAGGGUCCUUGUGACUUUCCACCAGUGUAUGUCCACCGUUAAAUCCUUUAUCAUUAUGGUGUAACUCAGGAACAGAUCUCAGGAUGGAGAGAGGCAGAAAACCUGAAUAAAGCUUUUCCUUGUACUCACACUCCUGAAGGCUCCUGAGAGAGAAUGGUAACUGGAGAAGAGUGAAUGCCGCAUCACUGCAUUGUAUAUUAACAUGAUUCUUGGCAUGUUGUUUACUCUCAUCUUCUACAAGGGUACAAGGAGCCCACGGGGCUGGUCCAUAAUGGUGUGUUAUGAGCAGGGAGUGUGGCAAUAGCAUAUCCAUGAAUGAUUGUGGUUGUUUCUGGAGACAGUAUAAACAUGGUCAUCCAACUGGACUGUUUGAAUUGUGUGAAUUAGCUCUCACUUGAACCCCCAUUGUUAAUACUCUGGAACACCAUUCUGUUUCAUGUGGAGAAUUUGUCUCUGUGUUCUCUGUAUCUUAAAUCAAAUGUGUGCCUGAUGAAUUCUGUCCCUUAACUCCCUCCCACCAAUAAAAAUGGUCAAAGUUAAGGACAGAUAAGGAAACAGAAAGGUUUUUUUUGUGGAUAGUAUCAUUUAAAUGUUACUAUGUAGUAGUCUGGGUGAAGGAGAGGGAAAGGCACAGAUCAGAAGAGUACCCAUGCCUACAAGGGGACAUGAAUGAAAACCUUUAUUUGAUAAAAAGAGAACUGAAAGAGAAUAUUAUUUUCCUACAGUUAAGGAGGCUGUCCUUUCACAGGAUAAAAUAGAGUUACAAAGUGGAUUAUGGACUUCUUCCAGAUGUCACUGAUGUUUAUUAUGAGAGCAGGACCCCUUUCCUGUGGAGGGGAGGUAGGCACUGUCCUUUCAGACAAAGUGUGUACAAAUUCCUGAGCUGCAGAUUCGCUAGAGUGAACGUAUAUACUUAUAUUCAUAAUUUAAAUAACAAUUAUGUCAUAUACAUGUUGUUAAAUUUGAAAAAAAUGUUUUAUUACAUCACAUCAAAUAAAGGUUAUUUGUAGCUGUAAUAAAGUAACUUAAGUAAUUGUUUUUAAUAAAAGGUCUGAUGUCAUACAUGUUAUUCUACAAAGGAUGGUGGGGGUGGGGUGCAUACUCUGAGCUUGCGCUUGCUUGCUAAACCUCUAACAGGUACCUGGGGAUGAUGGUGCACACCUAUAACCCUAACACACAGGAAGCAGAGGCAGGGGGAUCUCAAGUUUGAAGACAGUCUGAGUUUACAUCUAGAGACAUUUUUAAAAAAGUUCCUAGAAAGUAAUUGACAGGUUUAUCCUAAAUUACAUUUCAAUGUAGAAACCUAUCUCUUUAGUAAUUAAAAAAAAUUGAAUAAAAAAGUGUUUGUUGAUUUGAUAAA